AUGGCGCUGGAGGCCGACGCGCUCCUCUUCUACGAGGACACGGCCAAGCCGAGCAAGGCGAAGCUCGAGUCCGUGGACCUCAUCGGCGCCACGUGCGAGGUCGUCGUCGUCUCGUCCGAGCACCUGCACUGCUUCCGCGUCCUCGAGGUCGACGCCGAGACAAAGUCGACGAAGGAGUGGAUCCUCGACGCGCGCUCGUCGCAAGAAAAGCAAAACUGGAUCUCGUCGAUCCAGACCACGAUCUUGAGCUUGAAGAAGACGACCCGCGUCGUGGCCGACGCCGUCGUCGCCCACGCAAACGACGAUGACAUUGACGCCAACAGUGGCAUUGACCGCAAGCGCAUCGACGCCGCGAGACGCCUCGUGCACGACCUGCAGGCGCAGCGCGGUAGCCUCUUUCUCCGCGGGAAGGAUGUCCUCGACAUCCUCCAAAAGCACGUCGGGUGCAACUCUCGCACGGAAGCCCUCGUGCUCGGCAACACGCUCCUCAACGAAGGCUUCCUCAAGCACAUGGUGUCGCAGUACACGCUGCUCGAUGACGACUGUCUCUUUGAGACCGUCUCACGCACGCAGUACAACCUCCACCGGCAAUUCCACUACCAGCGCCAAGACGGCAGCGACGCCGCGGGCUCGGACGACGAAGAUGAAACUCAAGUUGGCCAGCAAAACCAGACGAACGGGUACUACUGUCCCGAGCUGCACAACCUCUUUGUGAGCAUGCUCAUUGAGAUUGAGAUCUUUUACGUCGUCGAGGACCCGCGCCCGGACGAGAGCUUGUCCAUGUCGGCCGUCGACUUGGAUCUGGACUUUUCAUCGUUUGACGCGUCCAAGGAGCUCACGCUCCAAGAGUGCUUUUACGGCGACGACGCGGUCACGUGCCUCAUGAGCGUCGGCCUUUUGAACGAGCAAGCGGCGCUCGUGCUCGGCAACCAGCUCCUCGCACGCGGCUACUUUAGCCCCAUGGACUCGGAGACGAUUUCAUUUGAGAAUGCGCGCACGCGCUAUGUGCUCUCGCCAGACGUCACGCGCUCGAUUGCGCCGACGGCCGAAGAGACCAUCAUGGACCUCCAGUACCAAGAGGAGAAGUUCCGCGCCGACCUCAAAGCUGCCAUGGACGUGCGCCACCAGGGCAUGCUCUGGCUCUGCGGGUCCAUGGCCGCGCUCCUCCUCUUCGAUAGCCUCCAAGAGAUGAGCCUCGCGUACAAGGUCGUCUUUGUUGCGCUCUCGUGGCUCGGCAAGUUCUUUCUCCACGACCCGCACGCUCAUGUGCCGACGAUGCUCCCGACGAUCGGACAGUACACCAAGCUUCCGCGGGCCAAGCGAGGCAGCUACGUGCCACCCGUCGAGACCAUGGCUCCGAGUUCCGAGGCCGAUGCGCGGAAGCGCAGUGCGUCGGCGGCGGCGCUGCGCCAUCGGUUCCCAAGCACGGGCGACAAAAGUACAACGUCCGAGACCCGCCAGCAGCACCAACAUGCGUUGGCGACCACAUCGUCGACGAUGCUUCUUGCGUCCUUGAGCCAUGACGACCGCGACCGCCUCGCCACGUUCAAGUCGAUGCUCGACUUUGACGAUGCGAGCGCGUUCCUCUUUACGGACGAGUACCUCUUUAGCGUCAUGAACGUCAAGAACCGGACCAUGAACUACGCGGCCGAGAAGCUCCAGCGCUGCAUUGCGUGGCGCCAGGACUAUGGCGCGCCUUCGAUUACGCUGCCGGACGUCCAGAUGCAGUUUGCCGGCUGCUCCAUGUAUUGGUACGGCUACGACUACAUGAACCGCCCGAUCUUUUGGGCGCGGCCCAAGCGGAAGGACUGGUCCAAGAUGGACGCGGCCGUCGAGAUCCGCGCGCACGUAUUUAUGAUCGAGCUCGGCGUCAAGCACAUGAUGCCGCCGGGCUGCACGACGUUCACGUUUGUGACCGACUGCGCCAACGUCGGGUACCGCGAGGUCGACAUCCGCCUCAUGAAGGGCCUCAUGGAGGUUUGCUCGGGCAACUACCCGGACCGCAUCGGGUCCAUUUGCAUUGGGCCGCUCACGACGCUCGUCAAGACGCUCACGCGCAUGCUGGCGCCGCUCUUACCCGCGCGUCUCCGGGAAAAAGCCAAGUUCAUGAAGUCGCCCGGCAAAGAGCUCGAAGAGUUCAUGCCGCCCCAGUACAUUCCCACGUUCAUGGGCGGGAAGGCCACGCACAUGCUCAACCCGCACGGCCACCAAGAUGUGUUUGACUUUGACUACAUGCUCUCGUCCCAGAAGGAGCGCAUGCAAGCCCUGCCGACCUCGACGCCCGAGUCGGCUGUCGUCUCGCACGCGCAGCCUCUCUGA